AUGGAGGGGAUGGCACUGUCUGUCGAGCAUACUACUCUUCCGGUGGUUGUUCAAUCGGGUUCGACGACGGCACUGUCUGUUCUAACUUCUAAUGAGUUAGACCGAUCGGCAAAUGAGCAUCUCAUCUUAGAGAUUAAGGAUCUGAUGGUAGGAAGGGAGUUUAUUCCUAUGAAAAUUUCUAGGGACCAGAAUAGAGUAGCAGAUCGUCUAGCAAAUCAUGGUAGAAUUGAUCGUAGUACGGCUUGUUGGCUUCGCAUAGGCCAUCCAUGUAUAGCUGAACUUUUGUCGGCUGAUUGUAACUCUACACUUUUGGAAUAA